AGUUGCACACACUCUUGGUUGGUGGGUUGACUGUUAUCUAUUUCGUGGACAACGUCGUUUAUUCCAAGUUGAUCAAAGUUGCAAAAUCACCAGCAAACAAUUAAAAAAAUAACAUCUAAAACGAAAUAUUAUCGCAAAAACAACAUAUUCUAAACAUAGAACAAAGAAGAUUUUGAUUACGACUCUCAAUUGCAACAAAGAUUAAACGUUAAACUGCCAACAAUUUCACUCAGUUCGGGUUUGACCGUCGUUGUGCAAAGAAGGAGCGUGUGAGAAACUACAGAAAAAUGGCUGAUCAAUUGCGUUUUGAUGGACGUGUUGCUAUCGUAACUGGUGCCGGUGCCGGUUUGGGUCGCGAAUAUGCCAUGCUUUUGGCUUCCCGUGGUGCCAAGGUUGUGGUCAAUGAUUUGGGUGGCACCCACAGUGGUGAGGGUGCAUCUACUCGUGCCGCCGAUGUUGUGGUCAAUGAAAUCAAGGCCAACGGCGGUGAGGCUGUGGCCGACUACAACUCCGUUGUCGAUGGCGACAAGGUCGUUGAUACCGCCAUCAAGGCUUACGGUCGUGUUGAUAUUAUCAUCAACAAUGCCGGGAUUUUGCGUGAUCGCAGCAUUGCCAAAAUCUCCGAACAGGAUUGGAAUUUGGUGCAUGAUGUCCACUUGAAGGGUAGUUUCAAGGUAACCCAAGCUGCAUGGCCCUACAUGAAGAAACAAAACUAUGGCCGCAUCAUUAUGACCUCCUCCAACUCUGGCAUGUAUGGUAACUUUGGUCAGGCCAAUUACUCUGCUGCCAAGAUGGGUUUGGUUGGUUUGGCCAAUACCGUGGCCAUUGAGGGGGCCAAGAACAACAUUCACUGCAAUGUUAUUUUGCCCACUGCUGCCAGUCGUAUGACUGAAGGCAUUUUGCCCGAUAUGCUCUUCAAUGAAUUAAAGCCAAAAUUGAUUGCUCCCGUUGUGGUCUACAUGUGCCACGAAUCUUGUGAUGAAAAUGGAACCUACAUUGAAAGUGCUGCCGGUUGGGCCACCAAGGUUCACUCUGUCCGCGGCAAGGGUACCGUGCUCCGCACAUCCAUUGAACAAGACUCCAUUAGCCUGGAAGCUGUCCAAAAGGCCUGGGGCAAGGUCACUGACAUGAGCGAAGCCAAACACUUGAAUGCCAUUGGCGAGGCUUCGGGUUACUUGCUUGAAGUUUUGGAAAAACUCAAGGAAGGCGGUUUGAGUGAUUUCGAAGAUGUCUUCAAAUUCGGUUCGAAGGACUUGAUUGUCUAUGCCUUGGGUGUUGGUGCUACCACCAAGAACAGCAAUGAUUUGAAAUUCUUGUACGAAAACGAUCCUGACUUCACCGCCAUUCCAACCUUCUUUGUUAUGCCUGGUCUUAUGUUGAGCAUGACCAGCAGUUUGGUGGCAACUGCUUUGCCCGAAGGCAAAGCCAACCUUACCAACAUUUUGCAUGGCGAACAAUAUUUGGAAAUCUGUGAUGACAUCCCCACCAAUGGCAAAUUGACCACAACCGGCAAAGUUUUCGAUGUUAUGGACAAGGGCUCCGGUGCCGUUGUUGUUACCAACUGUGAUAGCUACGACGAAAAUGGCCGUCUCUUGGUUAAGAACCAAAGCAGCAUUUUUGUUGUUGGUGCUGGAAAAUUCGGUGGCAAAAAGAAUCCCAUUCAAGGUGUGGUACCAGUUGUUGCUGCUCCCAACCGUGCUCCAGACUCCUUCAUCCAAUACAAGACCAACGAAGAUCAAGCUGCCUUGUAUCGCAUGUCUGGUGAUUUGAAUCCCUUGCACAUUGAUCCCAACUUUGCUGCCAUCUCCGGUUUCAAGGUACCCAUUUUGCAUGGUCUCUGCUCUUUGGGCUUCUCGGUGCGCGCCGUUUUGGCUCAAUAUGCCAACAACAAUUCCGCCUUGUUCAAGGCCGUUAAGGCCCGUUUCGCUGCCCCCGUUGUACCCGGCCAAACCUUGAAGGUUGACAUGUGGAAGGAAGGCAAACGUAUUCAUUUCCGUACCAGCGUCGUGGAGACUGGCAAGGAUGUCAUUACCGGUGCCUAUGUUGAUCUAAAAGAUACAUCGGCCAAAUUGUAAAUACCCAGCUCUUAAUUCCGAAGGAAGAUACAAUUUUUUUAUAAUUAAGGAAACCUUUUGUAUAUGGUUAAACGUUUGUAGACUGGUAUAAGAAUUCCAUUAUUGUUUUUUCUGUUUUUUACGUUCGAAAAAAAUAUAUAUGUGUAUAUAAAAUAAGUGUAUUUAAAA